UCCCUGGCUAUGUUUUCCCCGCGAAAUGGUGUGGACCCAGCACCAAUUCUCCACCUCGUUACAUAGUGCGAGAUGGAGUGACUUUUCUCAAGUUAAAGAACAGCUGAAAGACGCGAAAACGGUGCUAUUCCACGCAUACGGGCGGCGCGGUCAAGCAUGGGUGCCCACGCUUCUAGCGUAUUUUCAAAUUUCGCGGCAUUUCGUACCUAUCCCGUUGACGCAGAGCGCGCCAACGGCAGCGCAAACGGCCGGGCUGGGCUGACUUCGUUGCUAUGACAACCGUGCAUUCUGUUAGUAAACACAUUAAACGGCGAUCUGAGUUUCUUUGCAUGAAUUAUCUGCAGUAAAAACUUUUUCAAGCGCCGGCAUGCCAGUAUCAUUUACUCUCUAUUUGUUUAGUUUUACCACAGUAUUUUACUGUUAUGCUACUCUGUUGUGAUUUUUUCAUUCAAAUUAGUACAAAUAUUUAUUUUAAUACCCGAAAGGUCCAUUUCUGUGUGACAUCAAAUUUUUCUGCUACUAUGAUCUAAUGUACUUAGAUGUGCAUCAACAAUAUAGUUAAAUAACACUGCUAUUUUUUUUCCAAAAAAAUUUAUAGACUGGAUCCUUACUUUCAUCCAGUCUUGAAACUGAAAGGAGCAUUUUCUCGUUUAUAAAGUUGACUCCGUGUAUGGACCGUUUGGCAUAAUCAUUAUCUUCGUCACUUCUGAAGAUAAGAAUUUUUCUCCAUAUCUUAUUCAACGUACAUUAAAGUUGAUUGCUAGUUUAAUGUAUUCGGCUACAGCUCUUUACAACAGCUUUUCAUGGCAGAAGUCCAUAUCAUCGGGCAAAUCAAGUGUGCUAGCCAAUUUCCAAAAACUUGCUUGUUCUGUAAAUGGAGUAUACAUACUGGGCCCAAUUGGAAACUGAUUGAAGGUGACAAAGAAGGCCAGACGCAAGUCGAUGAUCCAAUUUAUGAUGAAUAUACUUGGUGGUGUCAUCCUGUAGAUGUUCAUUUUGCUACUAAAGGAAUUCAAGGUUGGCCAAAGCUGCAUGUUCAAGUGUACCACUACGAUAAAUUUGGUAGACGGGAAAUUUACGGCUAUGGGUUUUGCAAUAUACCCACGUCUCCUGGCACGCAUUUGAUUGACUGUCCAACCUGGAGACCUGUCGGUGGAAUCAGGGAUCAAAUUACGCAGUAUUUUCUCGGAGGUGGAGCACAACUGAGGAUGCCAGAUGUUGUCUACACUGGAUUAGAUCGCUAUAAAUUACAAACUGAAGCGAUGGGUAUCGUUCAUAUUGAACUUGGUCUUAUAUUACGCAACUUUGAGAAGUAUGGAGUGGAAUUUUGAACAAGAAGGAUCUGAAGCAAUAGAAUGCCAAUACAUGAAAAUCGAAUCAGCAAAUAAGAUAACUACAAUAUGUUAAAGUUUUUUUGUCACGUCAUGUUGAGAAUCUUGUACCUGGAUUAUAUUUAAUAUUUAAAAUAUUGAUAAGUCAACUUAUGCAUCC